UCAUCAGCUUCGAUCUCACUUUGAGACACAAAAGAAAGCUUGUUGUGAGAUUAGAGCACGAUGGCGAGCAAGGUGGCCGCUGUGCUCUCGUGUGCGCUGCUGGUCGUGGCAGCGACUGGCUACUACACUCCUCCCAGCCCUGCCACCUGCGGGCUCAAGGUCGGGUACUACCACGAAAAGUGCCCGCACGCCGAGGCCAUCGUCAAGCACGUCGUCGGCGCCGCCGUCCGCAAGAACCCCGGCGUCGGCGCAGGACUCAUCCGCAUGCUCUUCCACGACUGCUUCGUCGAGGGAUGCGACGCCUCCGUGCUCCUGGACCCGACGCCGGCGAACCCGCAGCCGGAGAAGCUGAGCCCGCCCAACAACCCCAGCCUGCGCGGCUUCGAGGUCAUCGACGCCGCCAAGGCCGCGCUGGAGCGGGCCUGCCCGGGCGUCGUCUCCUGCGCGGACAUCGUCGCCUUCGCCGCCCGCGACGCGUCCGCCUUCCUCGGCGGCCGCGGGGUCAGCUUCGACAUGCCCGCCGGCCGCCUCGACGGCCGCGCCUCCGUCGCCUCCCGCGCCCUCGACUUCCUCCCGCCGCCCGUCUUCACGCUCCCCGAGCUCGUCGCCAGCUUCGCCGCCAAGGGGCUCGGCGUCGAGGACAUGGUCGUGCUCUCCGGCGCCCACACCGUUGGCCGCUCCCACUGCUCCUCCUUCGUCCCCGACCGCCUCGCCGCCCCCUCUGACAUCAACCCGUCCUUCGCCGCGUCCCUCAGGGGCCAGUGCCCGGCGAGCCCGAGCGCCGGCAACGACCCCACCGUGGUGCAGGACGCCGUGACGCCCGACGCCCUCGACAACCAGUACUACAAGAACGUGCUGGCGCACCGGGUGCUCUUCACCUCCGACGCGGCGCUCCUGACGUCGCCGGAGACGGCGAAGAUGGUGUCGGACAACGCCAACAUCCCCGGGUGGUGGGAGGACAGGUUCAAGAAGGCCAUGGUGAAGAUGGCCAGCGUCGAGGUGAAGACCGGUAACCACGGUGAGGUCAGGAGGAACUGCCGGGUGGUCAACUAGCUCCUCCGAACCUGAUCACCAUCGGCUGCAACAAGCUCAAUUUCACUCUUCUUAUGCAUGUAUGUCAUGAUUUGCAUCGCCAUUGUUUCGUUCCAUUUGCUAUGGUGAACUUUAAUUUGUGUAGGUUUGUAUCAUGAUUGGAUCGAGUUGGUAAUAAUGUUAAUAAAGUCGAUCGGUGUUUCAUCUCU